GUUAGCUCAGUUUCAGUUUCGUUCCAUUCAAAGGUGGUGUGUUGUGUCAGUGCGAGUUGUGGUAGCAGUCAGCUAAGUGUGAAUUAUCAAUCCACAACAUUUAUUCAAUAUAAAUUGAUAAAAUGUUCUUUUGGUAGUCUAUAUCAAUGAAGUCAUAACAGUAGCAUGCUUACGUCUCGCUAAGACGUACCGGAAUACAAUAAAUCGGAAUGCUGUGAUAUUACAUGACCUGCUUUCCAGUACGUAUCGCAUAUCAGUCGUCCCCGCCUGCGGCAUUAUCGGGAAACAUUUGCUGUACACUUGUUGAUAUCGGUUGUAAGGCAAGAUUUGCAGAAACCAGCAGCCAUGUGUUCAUCAUGUACAGACUUUCAAAAGAAAACGGUAUCAUUUGGUUGCUCAGCAUUCCUAGUGUUAUUUGCCAUUGUUUUAGGAAGCUUGUGGCCAACGUUGUCUUCCAAUUUACUACGUGAGAAACUAGUUAUCAAGAAUGGUUCAGUCAACUAUCAGAACUGGAUAAAGACACCAAUCCCAAUGUACCUAGAAAUAUAUAUGUUUAAUUGGACAAAUCCUGCCGACCUACAUCGUUAUCCGGAAGUUAAACCAAAUUUUCAAGAAAUGGGACCUUACGUUUUUCAAGAGGUGCAUGAACGGGUGAAUCUAAUUUGGAAUAACAAUCACACCGUUACCUUCAAUCAGCGACGUACAUGGCAUUUUGUCCAGGAACGCUCGAAUGGAAUGCUGAACGAUACAGUUACUAACCUAAACGUUAUUUCUCUGAAUGUGGCGUAUUUGUUGCGAAACGCUGAUGCCAUAAAAAAAUUUGCUGCAAAUAUAUUGAUAGAUUUGGACGGUUCUUUACUGUGGCAUAAAAAAACCGUUCAGGAGCUACUGUUUGACGGUUUCAGUGAUACUUUGCUAGAAGUGCUGAAAACGCUCAAUGAUACUGUGAGAAUACCUUUCGAUAAGUUCGGAUGGUUCGUCAACCGGAACUUAAGUGAAACCUAUGACGGAUCAUUUACUAUGAACACGGGGGAAGAUUCAUUGGAGAAUACUGGCCUACUGACUCUAUGGAAUGGAGCAAGUCAUACUGGGAUGUAUAAAGGUUCGUGUGGUGAUGUUAGAGGAACCACCGGGGAACUGUGGCCUGUUAUGCACAGUAAUAAAACCAACGUUACUAUUUUUGCCUCGGAUGUGUGUCGUUCUUUGACUCUUCAAUACGGAGAGGAAGUGAUAAUUAACGAUGUCGAAGGAGCAAAAUAUGUAGGAGACGAGAGAGUAUUUGAUAAUGGUUUGAAAUAUGCAGAAGCCGCCUGUUGGUGUAAUUCUAAACCAGAACAAUGCCCAGACGUUAAACCUGGUGUCUUCAAUGCUUCCGCAUGUAAAUUUGACUCCCCUACGUUUAUUUCUUAUCCACAUUUCUAUUUGGCUGAUGCCAGCUAUCGAGAAGCUAUCGACGGCAUGAAACCAAACAGGAGUAAGCAUGAGUUUUAUAUUGCCAUUGAACCGCAUACCGGAAUACCUCUGGAUGUACGUGCGCAGCUGCAGAUUAACAUGCUCUUGCAACCAGUUCGAGGAUUCAAGUUAUACGAGAAAGUUCCUGAACUCAUGGUACCUAUGCUAUGGUUUACUCAACGCGCAACUUUAACCACUGAGCUGGCAAAUCAGGCAAAGAUGGCUCUGAUGCUGCCAAAGUUAGGUAUCUACGUUGCUAUUUUCUUUGGUACAACUGGGAUCUUGCUCGGGGGAAUUUUCGCUUAUUUGGCUAUUCGAAAAUGGUCCGACCAGGUACCAUACGAAGAAUUGUUACGGUAAGAGAUGCACACAGCCGGAUAGGAAAUCGCUUGAUCUCGAAAUUUCAUGAGUUGAGGGCAUACAUCUGGAAAGAUCAAAAAGUGCCUUCGAUACGAUAAUCACCAGUCACAUUGAAAAAUACUAUGCCAAAGUUAGCGUUGUGACGAGAGAAGAUUUUAAAAAUCAUUUAGACGUAAGAUUCCAAUUUUUUUACCUUAUAUUGCAUAGUUAUUGCAAAACUGUUAUUUUUAUUUAAACUCAAAAUUGACUGACAGUGAUUCAGUAAGAUCUACACUGGAACUAGUGCCAAGUGAGGGUUUCGGGAGAUAAUAUUAAAUUCUUUGUCUUGUAAAUCGAGUAUAUUCUAACAAAUGAACACAUAAUAAAUCUGGACAGAUUAAAGUUACAAUUCGUUGGAACAUAUAAGACUAUCAUUUGGAUUUUACCCGUACAAAGAAAUUUGCUCAACAAAAAUAUUCUGCCCUAGGUUGCACAGACAUUUGUGAAUAAUCUAAAAAAUACCAAAUAUGUAAAUGUCUUGUCAAAAUGAAAUGAUUAUAAUGGA